CGGAUCGCUGCAUUUGGAAAUGCGUCCGCCACUCUUUGUUGAUGCGACAUACCUGUUAGUUGGGCCUAUCUGGGUUAUCUACUAGGUUAGAGAAGUUGGAUGUAGUAAACUUGUAUAGGUGGAUAUUAAUCUAGAUCACCUUAUGAUCACUCUCCAGAACCUUCAAAUGUAAGGGAAUAUAUAUUUACAUCUAAGCAUUGAAGAUGAUUGAAGCCGUCGAGGUGUCCGGCGAUACAAGGCCAGACGACACCGUAGGAUCUUCAGCAGAAGCAACAGAAAAAACACACUUGCCUUCGAUAUCGUCUAAGCACAACGAUGUCUCCUCCUCAAACGAAGUAGGGAUAGGGCAGACAGGACAAGAAUUUGUCGUUGAUUUCGAGGGCGAAACCGACGUUUCCAGUCCCCAGAACUGGUCUCGGGGACGUAAAUGGCUUCUUAUUGUCCUGGUGUCGCUUUUGGAUUUCGCAGUAACCCUCGGGACCAUCAUCUGCGCACCCGUUGCGCCGCAAAUCCUGGCAGACCUGCACCAGGGGAACAGCAACACCAGUAACAACAACGUCUACAUCACGCUCAUCGUCUCAAUAUGGGAACUAGGCGAGAUCAUCGGCCCCCUCGUCGUCGCCCCCCUGUCAGAGCUGUACGGGCGCUUCUACCUGUACCACGUCGGCACGAUCCUCUUCAUCGUGUUCUCCGCCGCCUGCGCGCUGAGCACGAACAUCCAGAUGCUCGUCGCGUUCCGCUUCUUGAACGGCAUGGCCGUCGUCUCCACCGCGCUCAACCCCAGUCUCGUCGGCGAUCUCUUCAGGACGGAGGAGCGCGGCAGCGCGAUGUCCAUGGUCGGGCUGGCGCCGAUGCUGGGGCCCGUCGUCGGCCCGAUCAUCGGCGGGUUCCUGGGCGACUCGCUGGGCUGGCGCUGGUGCUUCUGGCUCAUCGCCAUCCUGUGCGCUUUUAUAGAGCUGUGCUUCCUCGCGCUCUUAAGGGAGACGUACGCGGUCCAGAUCUUGCGGACCAAAGCAGAGAAGCUACGGAAGGAGACGGGGAACCCAGGUUAUAGGUCUAAAUACGAGACUAAUCAUACAGCACGGCAGCUGUUCAGAAAUGCCUGUGUACGGCCCUUGGUGUUGCUAUUUACCUCACCUAUUUUGUUCCUCUUGUCCCUUUACGUCGGCGUCGUGUACGGAUAUCUAUACCUAGUUAUGACCACAAUCACGAGCAUCUUCGAGAGCGUUUAUAACUUCUCGUCAAGUGUAGUAGGGCUCAGUUUCUUAGGACUCGGGGUCGGCUGCGUGAUUGGCGUUUUCGUAUGCCGUUCCACCUUAGACCUCUGGAUCCGUCGGCAUUCCAAAACCGGGCAGAUGCGGCCUGAGCAGCGCCUGCCGCCCGUCAUCUUUGGGGGCUUCAUCCUCCCCAUUGGCCUGUUCAUGUAUGGGUGGACAGCCGAGUUCCGCGUCCAGUACAUGGCGCCGAUCAUCGCAAGUGGUAUCCUGGGACUAGGCCUGGUGUCCACCACGAUACCGGUGCGAAGCUACCUCGUCGAUGCGUUUGGCGUGUAUUCCGCAAGCGCCGUAGCCGGGAGCGCCGUGUUCCGACAGCUUGGUGGAACGCUCUUCCCCCUCGCGGGACCACCCCUUUAUCAGAACUUGGGGCUGGGUUGGGGAAACUCGGUGUUGGGAUUUAUUGCACUGGCCUUCAUACCCGUCCCCUUGCUUCUGAUGAGGUAUGGUCAGGCGUUGAGGUCAUGGGACAAACGUAAUUUUGAAGGAUGAGAGUUGGUAAGAUCACAUACAGAACGCAUUACUUAGCUAAUUCGAGGGGGUUCUGGAUCUGUCCAAAUGGGUUAUACUAUCGUAGGGCUGAGUCGAGGAUCGAACUAUCUACCAACAUACAUAACAUAAUACCUACAAGAAUUCCCUCG